GUGGUGGUGUUUGGGAAACGCCUCUAGGAGGCACUGUUGUGUACAGUUGAGGACACACACGAAAUUGUGUGUUUAGUCGAUUUAAACCUUAGCUAAUAUAUCUAUUGUUAAUUUCUAUAUUAUUAGGUCAACUAUAGUACUAAAUAAGCACACAGUGGACGCACCGGGCCAGUAAAGUUCCACCAGCGGCUCUAUGUCGUCGAUGGAAGCCGCGAUGCUGGUGCAGGGCAGGUGUCCGUCGCUUUCGAUGGCUCCGUCGUCAUCGCAGCUUUGGAUCCAAGCAUCAGUAAGUUCUUUGCCCAAGGAGAGGACCGCCUUGCCGUACUCCGCGUUGCUGCAGUCCGCCUGGAGGAAGCUCAGCACCACCAAGGCGGCGUUUUGCUCGCUGGACAACUUGGUGAGGUCCUCCAUGAUUUAAAAGUUCCUCUCGCUGGGGCGACAAAAGGAAGGUUGUUAGACCGCCGACGUGUUCGUAAAGUCACCGGAGAACUGCAGCAGUUCACACGGAACGGAAACAAGCGUGGAAAAACAUUUGAAGUCAACGCUAACGCUAAGCUAACUUACCUUACCUACGUCGUCACAUCUAGCUAAGUUAGCUCACACGCUAGCUAAUGCUAGCAAAGUUCGAACAGCCUAAAUAGACUCCUUCCUCCCUAGAAACAUUUUUUGUAGUCAAGUUAGCAAAAGUUGAAUACAAAUAUUGUGAGCACCAUGCAGGGAAGCAGCAGCUCUUCAUCCGAGGGGCAUUCUGUCUCCUUCCAGCUGAAGUCACCGGUAGGUGGAUCUUCUCCACUUCUUCACUCACCGAAUAUUCUAAUCGUCUGAUUACACCAUAUUCAAUACUUGGAAACUAAACAGCGAUACACAAAACAUCACUUUGCUGCUAAGAUGAGGUUUAAAGACCAAUAUGAUUUAGAACAAAGUAAAUGGAUAAAUAAAGCAGAUAUGAAACGUAUUUAAACAGGAAGUUAAACCACAGUUGACUUCUGUAAUAAAUAACUGGAAAGUCCCUGCUCCAGUUUGUACAUGUUGAGUUCAAACGAAACAAACAGCAACAUCACAUUCAAAUAAAAUUCUUAAAAUGUUUAUUCACACGUAAAAACAUUAUUAAAAGUGAAGUACAGUGGUGGUUUAGCAUCACAUCAACCUGACCGAGCCAACAAACGCUUUGCUUGCACCAAAGGGAAGCCAAGAGCCUCAUCACACUCCAGGACAACCGAAGCUCAUGGACCGUGCAGUUUUCCUGCCCACGAGCCUCACCCCUGGCUUGGUUAGAGACCCCAUCCUGGCCGGAAGCUGCAGGGCAGCCACGGGGCUCCGCUUUUGGGACUCGGCAGCCUCACGGGCCUCCUGGAGCUCCCUGUGGAGAUCAUUGCAGCAUUUUAAGGUCAUUUUGAUUCAAAUGCGACUGACAUUGUACAGUUAAUGAAAGCUACUACGACGGAAACUGACAAAGUUCUUAUUUUAAUUGAUAUAUUAUUCAUAUGGGAAAAAUCAAUCAUUUGGUUGCUCGGCAUCCUGGAGGUUCUACAUGGACGUGUGACAUGGCUAACGCUCAUGUACUUUGCCCUCUUACUUUUCAAGCAUGGCUGUCCUGAACUUCUCCACAUUGAGUUCUCGACGUAGCUGAGCCGCCAGCCUCCCGGUCCUCUCCUGUCUUAAGACGUUGUGCUUGCAGAGCUGCCGAGCAGAAGGUCGUUUGGUCGGGUCUGGAUCCAACAACAACUAAAAAGGAAAGGUUGGAAUCGGAGUGAGCAGUUGAUUUUCUGCCCUACAAAACAAAGCUUCACAGAGGAAGGGGGGGGGGGGGGGUAACCUGAAGCAGACCACGGAAGGGGGCAGAGAGCUCCCUUGGAAGCACGGCCAGGUUCCCCUCUCUGAGGCGGUGCCACUCUUCUCCAUUUUGGGGCAUUGGGGGAGCGCCUGCUGCCACCAGCACCGUGAGGCCCAAAGCAAAGAUGUCCGCCAUGGGAAGAUUACUGUAAUCCUAGCGCACACCAGAACCAAACAACUUCAAGUACAGCUUGUAUAUAUUUAUUGAUCCAUUUUACCUCAUGUAGAACCUCCAUGGCCAGAAAGCGGCUGUCCCCCUCCUCCACUUGAGGACUAUUGGUUGAGGUCACAUGACCCAGAUCGCCUUUUGGGAGGAAAGAGAGGAACACGGAUGCACCUCUCACACAUACGCCAUUUAUCCAUCAUAUACAAACGUACCAAUUUUAUACACGGCUCCCGCUGGAUGGCUUCCUUCAUCCUCUUCCUCACUCUCACCCCCAACCGCCGUGCUCGAGAGCGAGCGCUGAGAAAUGAAUAUAUUGCCUGCAAAUACGUUUACAUCUUUCAUGCUGAUGACCAAGUAUUUCAAGUGAAGAAUGAUGCUGCAGCUAUUCGUCAACAAAUGGUUGGCCUGGAAGGGAAAGUGGAAGCCUCCAAGUAGCUAAAUGAUCACAUCAUAUUGCAAAUGAUUUGGAACAGUCCAUGUCCUUCCGACCAAGUCCCCCAUAAACAUGACACGCACCGAGGCAAAGACUCCCCUUUCCUCCUGCCCAAUUCUUCCCAUAAGAAAGAAUGUUCCAGAUAUGUUCAGACAAAACCCAUUUUUAGGAUUGUACUAUUAUAGUUUGGCAUCCAGAAAACAAUUCCAAAUGGAUAAACAAACAUUGACACUAAACAACCAUCAACAUCAACAUCCUUCAUGGAGGUUAAAAGCAAAACAAAAACAAGACUCACUUGGUUUGAUGUCCAGGUGCACAAGUCCCAAACCAUGGAUGUACUUCAGACCCAAAGACACUUGAAGUAUCAAAUCUUUCAGCUCCGCUUCUGAAAACAUCCCCUUGGUCCUGAUGACAUCACUCAGACUUCCACCUGGCUCACGCACACACACAUCAUGGCAUCGCCACGACUACACACAUUUGUCUUGGACGCCACGGCCUACCCACCGUUGCAAUAUUCAUUCUGAAUAAUCAUGUGGUCUUCCUCGGCCCAGGCGGAGUAAUAGCGGACGACGUGGGGAUGAUGGCCGAGAACGGCAUGUGCGUAUACUUCCUUCAGAGCCAGCUUCCUAAGGCGACAUGGAAAUGAAGAUGGACCUAGCAGCAGUCACGGGACACUUGCAGGAUAGACAACCUUUCUCACACACACACACACACACACACACACACACACACACACACACACACACACCCCUAUGGAGCGUCCAGUAACUUUAGGCAAAACCUUCAUUUAAAGAUUCGAUGCCAACAUCUGCUACUAGUAGUAAAAAAAAAAAACAACACGCGUGUCUGAGCAUGAACUACACUAGACCUGUCCUAUCUAGUCUGACUGGUGUGUAUCCUACCAAGUCUCUGAUCAUGAACUAGACUAGUCUCUGAGAAUGAACUAGACUAGAGCUGUCCUAUCUAGUCUGACUGGUGUGUAUCCUACCAAGUCUCUGAGAAUGAACUAGACUAGAGCUGUCCUAUCUAGUCUGACUGGUGUGUUCCACGUGGUCUUUGAGCAUGAACUAGACCUGACUUUUCCCCCAGUGGUGCAUGUGUGCUGUACAUUUUACCUGCAUGAUGACGUGUUUAUCAAAUACUAGCGACCAAUUAUCCUUUCAGACAACAAAGUGUACGACUCGGCAGUGUCAAGCUGCAGGACUCACUCAUCGGCAGAGCCCGCGAGGGGUCGUCGGGAUCGUUUGAUGGCGUACAGGCAACCAUCCAGCCUCUUCACGCACUUGUAAACCGUCCCAUACUCGCCCACGCCGAUGCGCUCCAGCUCCAGGAAGUCGCUCUCGUACCGUGACAGCAUGAAGGCUUGAACAGCUUGCCUCUGCACACGAACGCACAUCACAAAGAUGACGGUUGACUUGGAUCACAGCCACAAGCUCACGCUGUUCUUUUGCCAACACGUCAUUUGCUUCACUUCCUCAGACGUUCCUUCAAGGAAUUCCGGAAGAAGCGUCAGUUUGUCAUGUUGGACACGAAAGGAAUUGGAGGCGGCAGGCGAGGAUGACGCAGCCGAGGAUGUGGAGAGGCAGUCCGUGAUAAAAAUAGCCGUACCUUUGGUGGGAGGAAGUAGUCAUCAUCCUCCUCUGAUGAUGUCAGGCUGUGUUUCAAUCUGAAAGAUAAAAAAUGCAUUUCAUAACAUUGUUAGUCAUACAAUAAAACAAAUGUGUGUUCCAGUAAUAAUACACUAAAACUACACUCACUGGCAUGGAUUAUUUAGCAUUUCAUUCUUUCUUAUAGAAGAGAAACAAAUGACAGAAGACAGACCUCGGUUCCAGACAGUGGAUGCCCCCCCGAAGCCAUCUUCACCACCAUGGAGCAACAUUCCCACUUACCUCCUGGAAACACUGGCAUCACGCUUCCCCAAAGCAACCAUUGAGCUGAUUAACAGGAAUGAUUAACUAUUCAUUACUCAGUUAUUUCUGACAUUUUAUUUCCAUUUUAGGGGGAUUUGGGUCUUUUUUAGUAUCUACGGUCUUAAGCUAUUUCACUUACUCUAAAUAUUUCUUCUUUUUGCAUUUGAAGCUGGACUUGGCGCCUCCUUAAGAGCCAACAGUGCAACAUUUUCAAGUGGUCUGUGAUCAGGAGGUGGGCCAGCAUACUGAAAAGUAUGGCGUUUCACUGUGAUUGACACCUGCCGUGAUGCCAGAUUACAAGCCAACGGGUGUACCGUGGAACCCCAGGACUUUACCUGCGUCCAUAAUCCUCAUCACUAUCACUCCUACAGCUGCGCUUCCACUGCGGCUCGCUGCUCCUGUGCUCCGAGUCGGGCGUGAAGGGAUUCACGUUGACCGAGGGCGCCUGGAGCAGGUUUGUAGCCACCGAGUUGGAACGCCGUGUCCUUGAAUUGAUCUUAACGGUGGAGUAAGGCUGCGACGACUUCAACAACAGACUCUGCACACGCAAAAAAAAGGAGACAUUUCAGGAGCUAUGUGGCUACGCCGUUAAAUCUCAGUAGAAGGGUCGGGGAGACGCCCCUACCUUGGGUGUGCUCGGGGAGUCACAGACCCUCAGUUUCUUCCAGGAGGCGUAAGGUAUGGGGCUGGUGCAACGUAAAGGCGAGGAUAAGGCGUUGCUCCGACCGCGGUGGCGUUGCACCCUCGGUGUCCUGCACACGGGGCUGCUGGGGCUUCGCAGUCUGGCGGCGCAGUCGUCCGAGUGGUCGCUGCUGCUGCCUUCUUCUCCGCAGCUGGAGAAGACCAGCCUCUCGCUGAUGUCGUCAAACAGCUUUGCCAUGCCGGGGCCUUUAUUACAGGGGGGGAGACUAGCUGGAGUCCCGCUGAUCUGGGCAUGCCUACUGAUGGACUAGGAAUAACGAUAUUGCAUUGGAAGCUCCACACCGCCUUGCAUUGGUGGGCUGCAUUCAUAUACACUAUUGUUCCCCAAUGAUGCCAAGUCAUAACCAUUAUUGAUCUAUCAUAUGACGCCUGUCAUGCUUAUGACUUUAGAUCACCGUUUCAACGUUUUUAUCUUAUAACUGAGUUGUUUUUCAUAAUUGUCGUAAUUAGAACUUUCAUUUCAUGAUUGACUUUUUUUUAGCUCAUAAUUUGGAGUUUUAACUCAGACUUUAAUUAUAGCUUCUGAUCAUUUCCACUUUUCAUCUCAUAAUUAUGACUUUAAAAUCUUAUUUCGACUGUUGACCUCAUAAUUAUAACUUUUUAUCCCAUAAUCAUCAACCGGCUUGUAUACAAAUCAGAUACAACUCCGACUAAAAUGAAGCAGAAAGCAUCGAUAUGGACGAUUCAUCGAUGCCCAAUGUGUGGCCCAGAACUCCGAUAACGUCCAUUUACCGGCACCAAACCGUUGCAGGACGACACAUUUUAUGCAUUUUCUGAUGAGGCAACUUUCUACUCACGAACGAGACGACCUUCUUUUGCCACGCUGAAACUCCGAUGUAUUGGUGCAGACGACUUCCUGUUUAAGUAAUUAACGUCACCGGGUUGACGUUUAAUUGUCACACGUUCGUCUGGCAAUUCCAUUGUUUACAAACUCUGCAGUGUUUCUAGUUUGAUGUUUGAGUCACUUUUCGUGUUUUAAUUGGACAUAAAAUGUUGUGAUUAAACACAUUUAUGCAUUUUAAACAACACGAGGGCCAAUUAAGGACAAGAGGAACAUCUCUGAUGGUAUCUAAAUAAAACUCCGUUUAGGAUUCAACUAAAUUAGGUCGCGGUGUGAGCCAGUGCCGUGGACACGUGGGCGGAAGUGGUGACGUCACCAAAAGAGCGAGAGAAAGGAGCAGGAGGAUCUUCCGGCCAUCAGCGAUGUGACGAGCUUACAAAUGGCACCAAAACAACACCGCCAGCCAUGACGCACUUUUAGCUUCCUCGAUUCUCGCGGGCGUCCAGUUCUUCUCGUUUCGGUCUCUCGGUCUGCCAGCGCCAUGGUGGAGCAGUCGGACAAAGCCCCGCUCCUGGACUGGGAGGAGAUCCCGCCGUCCGACGCCAACCGGGCGGCUCCGUCGCCACCUGCUCCGCCGCGGGAGAAGCAGGACGUUCCUGCGGGGAAGAAAAGUUCCAUAGCGGUCGGCCUCGCGGUGACGGAUAUCGGCAGGAGGGACGUUUCGACCACCGCCACCUGCAGCCCAACGCCUGUUGUUGGUGGCCGAGAGAGAAGCACGGCGGGCCGGGCACAUACGCGGGGUCAGCCCGGAGCUCCCUUCCCGGAUGUGACUGGCAGAGAUCAGUGGGAGGAAAAAGACCAGAUAGUGGCCGUGUUUGUGGUCACGUUUAACACUCGAUCAGGAAACAUGGUAGAGUGGAGCUUGCCUCAUGACAUCAACCUGGAUGGAGUGGAAUUCAAGGCUAUGGCCAGCGGCUCCCAUAGGAUUACUAAUGACUUUAUAUAUUUCCGUAAAGGCUGUUACUUUGGGCUGGCCUGCUUUGCUAACAUGCCUGUGGACAAUGAGCUGGAGCGAGGAGCCAGGAUGAAGUCCGUGGGGAUUCUGUCGCCUUCCUACACGCUGCUGUACCGCUACAUGCACUUCCUGGAGAAUCAAGUCAGACUCCAGUUGAAGAAUCCGGGUCAGUAUUCUCCACUGGAGGCCUUCUAUGAGGACAAGAAGGCCAUCCUCCCGCCAACAGGAAACGGCCUGGUCAACGCCUGCCCCACCUUGAGUGUGACCACCAUCAACCGCUGUAUGCACCCGGAAAUGAAGAUCACUCACCCGGCCGGGUGCAUGUCCCAGUUCGUGCAGUUUUUCGGGGAGCACAUCAUGGUGCUGUGGAAGUUUGCGCUGCUGAGGAAGCGCCUCCUCAUCUUCUCGCCGCCGCCUGUGGGCGUGGUCUGCUAUCGAGUGUACUGCUGUUGCAGCCUGGCCAAUGUGUCGUUACCCGCCAUGGGAAUGUCUGUGCCGGAAUUCCGACCGUUCUUCUACAUAAACAUAGCUGACAUCGGCGCCCUGCAAACAGAGCAGUCCUACGUGGCCUGCACCACAGAGAAGAUUUUCGAGGAGAAGAAGGAGCUGUACGAUCUCUACAUCGAUAACCAAAAUGUGAAAACGCACAGGAGCCAUUUGCUGCCGCUGCUGCGACUGAACGCCGCCGAUAAGGAGCGCUACAGGAAGCUGAGCGAGCAGAGGCAACUGCUGCAGUACUCUCAGGAGGUGGAUGGAGACUCCACGGCCAAUGAGGAGGAUCUUUUUAUUGUGUUCUUCAUGGAGCUCAAUAACCGCAUCUUUCACAUCCUGUCAGAGGUUGCGGGCGGCGCUGACCCCGUGCUGACGGCCGAGCACGUGAGGGCCAUGGGGCUGGACCCCCAGGGCGAUCGCUGCUUCCUGGCAGAGCUGCUGGAGGUGUACGCCGUCGACGUCACUCUGGUCAUAGACAACCUCUGCUGCCACUAGCUAGCUAGCUAGCCUCGGACAGUCGGGAUGGCCGCCGAGUGCGGUGGCUUGAAGGUUCUCACACGCUCACGGAGACCGAAUUCUCACCCUGACCCUUGCCCCACUUUCUCUCUCUUUUUUUUUUUGUCCUUUGGCGAUGGACUGGCUCUGGUCCGGUGGUUCUGCUUUGGACUGGACUGGCUCUGGGCCGGCGGUGCUGCUUUGGACUGGACUGGCUCUGGGCCGGCGGUGCUGCUUUGGACUGGACUGGCUCUGGGCCGGUGGUGCUGCUUUGGACUGGACUGGACUGGCUCUGGGCCGGCGGUGCUGCUUCGGCAGCGCUCUUAUCGUUGCACUCUUUGUUUGUCUUGUACACUGAAGGUGUGCUGGGAGGAGGAGGCUUAACCACUCUCCUUGCCUUUCCAAAAAUAAGCAAUAAUCAGCCUUUUCGAUAUGACCUUGUCUCACAGAGGUGUCCAAAGUGUGGCCCGGGAGCCAUGUGCGGCAGGCGUAAUGUUCGAAAAAUAGAAUUUAACAACAUUUCUGAAAAAUAACAUGGAAGAUGGAAAUGUCAGCAGCCAUUUAGAACAUAAGUAUAAUAUGGAAUAUUAUGAGGAAAAAUAACAAAUAAUGUUGACAUUUUUAGUUUUUUUAAACACGUGUAGUCCCGCAUAAAAGUGGAUCUCUCCAAUGGGUUUAUUCAUUUAUUAUCAACUAUUACACCCUCAAAAUUAGAAUAUUGGGAAUAUCACGUAAUAUUAUUCCCAUAAUAUUCCAACUUUUUCCCCAAGCUAAUUCUCCAAAAAUUACUAUUUAUUUAUUAAUUUUUGUUGCUUCUCAAAAUAUUACAUCUUAAAGAAUAUUAUAUAUUUUUCUCAUAAUAUUUCAACAUUAUUGUCAUCACAUUAUGACUUUCUUGUUUUUUUCUCUAUUUGGGCUUUCUUCAUGUAAAAUGACUGCUGACUUUCCCAUUUGAUAUUUUCUUGUUAAACGGCACAUUGUGAAUGUGGCACGGGCCGCCUUUUGAACACCCCCGGUGUAAGCUGAGUUCUUCUCCGUGAGCCCGGUCCUGUUUUUGUGGCCGCGGCUGCUAAAGCUGCUCCAUCAGCUUCAUUUUCUCCGAUCUUUUUGAGGGAAACAAAGCCCACAAAGUUCUCUUUGUGGGCUUUGUUGUGGGAGAAGCUGAAGAGAAGCUUUAACCGCCCUUGGUGAAAUUCAGACACUUCACCCCCCCCCCCCUUCCCCCCCCCCCCCCCCUUCAUCAGCGUCCCAUUGAGGGCCUCCAGGGAAGUCUGGAGUGCCACCAAGUGUGGCAAGGCGGAGGUGUUCAUCCAUCGCGUUGCCAGUCUGGGUGACCAUUUUGUUCCAUGUUGGAACACCGAGGACGGAGAUAUUUCAUUUCAGGUCGGGCGUUCUCAGAUGAGAAUGAGAGGAAAGACGUCCGACAGCCUUUAUUGGAAUUCCACCCCCAUGCUUCCUCAAUUGUUCUUAUUAUACAAGUGCAAUUUAUAUUGUAUUUAAAAGAAGAGAAAUGUGUAAAAACAUGCUUAUUUUUCCAUGAUAGUCCAUUAUAUUGUAUGUUCUUAACACAUGGGACUAAUGUGUUGCCUUGGACCGGCCUUGCUUUUCCACACGGAUACGCGUCACACAUCAGCGACACUUGUUUGUACACACGGUCACUCUGAAUGUCCAAGACAGCAAAAGUAUGCACACAUGCGAGUACAUGUACCUUUUCUACUCAGUACUAAGUGCAACGUUUAUCAAUGAUCACUGGAACUAAUGGGAAUUUAGCACAUCAUUCCCAAUCCUUAUGUGAAACAUGAACACAUACUGUAUUGCUUUCCCUUUCUGUGUAUUCUAGCUGGAGAAAAUCAGUUAAUAUGAGUUAGCUAGCAACGGCCAUCAUUUUGAUGCCAAAACCCUCCGGAAAAAAAGACAAGAUGCUGGUUUUUUACCUGAGGACUGGAGCACACGUCUCGUGCUGGAAGACGCGGACAUCACAAGUGUUGCCGCCGCCGUUAUUGUUGUUGACAGAACUAGGAUAAGUAUGUGUAUCAAAGAGUUUCCGUAGGGUUUCUCGUGUUAUAAUGCACAGAAAAUGGAAAGAAAUAGGGGUUCAUGUUUCACACAAGGAUUGGGAACUUCCUCUUUAAUCGUCACGUGAACACUAAAGCAGGGUUGCGGCACAUUAAAAUUAUAUAUGUAUAAUUUAACAGGAAAAUAAAAGGAAAAAUCUGUCAUUUUACAAGAAUGAAGAAUAUUAAAUGACAAAUUUGUAAUCUCAUAAAACGUAACAAGAGUAACUAUGAAGAGGAUGAAUAUUGCCAUUUUAGUUGCAUUUUUUAUUUUAAAAGUCUUAAAGUUGUAAUUUUUGGAAAGUUAUGUUACGGAAAAUAAUGCCAGAAUAAAGUCCUAAUUCUGAAAAGAAAAUUUACAAAAAAUCCAAAGUGGAAAAAGCUACAAAAAAAAGGCUGUCGUAGUCAAAGUGAAAAUAUUAAGAGAAAAGCGUUGUGUUGGCUCCAUUUUACAAUAAUAAAUAAAGAAUGGCAAUUCCGUGGCUUACGAGUUGUAACAUUAUGGCAAACAAAAGUCAUUUUUGUCAAAUUCAGUUGACCUGUGACUGGAAUAAAGUCACAAUACAAGAAGAACGUUUGCAAAGAUUAUUUAAGGAGAAAGAUGAAAUAAAUUGGAAAAAAAAAAUCAUUUGGCGAAGUUGAUAGUAACUUUUUCACAUACGACAAAGCUGACUUGCGGCUUUUUUCUUGAAAUAUAUCUGACUUGUCAACAUAUCUACGUGUUGCCGUACAAACUAUCAAUCCCCCCCCCCCCCCCCCGUGGCCCCUUUGGACGGCCCUGCACUGAAGCAUGAGCAAGUCUUCAUUUCACUGUACUGCCUUUGGAAGACAAUAAAUCAUCCAUUCAGUCUGUGUUUCCAUGGCCAAUGGCAGGCCUUUAUUUUAGAAUGAGUGUAUUUAUCUGACAACAGGCACAGUAUCAAUAAUCCUAACAACACGGGCUAACGUUGAGGCUGUACUCCAGCUAAAACUCAACUCUGAUUCCCCAAAGUCUUAUUUAUGUCUUAAAUGGCUCAUUUUCUCGGAUUAUAUCUACUGUAUUAUGAGUAAUAUGAGUGACUAUAGGGGUGUUAUUUCAUGUUCAAUGGGCU